AUGGCAUCCCUGGGAGAAUACACUUCCGAGGAAGUUGCAGAACACAAGACCAAGAGUGACUUGUGGAUCGUCGUGCAUGGAAAAGGUAAGUUCAAGGAACUGAAGAUCGAUUCAAAACAAGAAAUUUACAAAUAUGCCACAGUCUAUAACGUCACCGAAUACGUUCGCGAUCACCCCGGUGGAGCAGAUGUGCUUCGCGAUGUCGCUGGAACAGAUGCAACGGAGGCAUACGAAGACGUCGGUCACUCCGAAGAUGCCGAUGAGAUCCUGAAGACAUACAUGAUCGGUACGGUGAAGGGUGCUCGCGAGUUAACACGAUCCAAGACUGUUCGUGUGAUUCAGCAAGGGCCACAACAGGAAAUGUCAAGCAAACCCUCGAACACGCCUACUAUCGGCAUCUCGAUGGCCGCAGGCUCGAUCGGGGGAUUGGCGGUGCUGGUCUAUUUAUACGCACAAGGACAUGUAUCCUUGGACAAAUUGUGUUCGAAGUUGUCGCAGCUCGCGCCAACUUGGGCACACGCCCUCCCAGUUCCAAGAUUGAGCAUUGCUCGAGGCGGAUUUUUGAAUGGACUCCUCUCCAGUAGCGCAGUCUUCGCGACUGUAGGGAGCAUUUUCGGUACCAAGUUGUCCCAAUUCACUCAGAUCCAGUCCGGCUUCACUCGAUACCCGGCGCACGUCAAGGCCAAGAGAAUGCCUGAGAUCAACCGACAUGAGUUGAAGGGAUUUCUCGAGCCCAAGGACUUCAAGGAGCUCCCAUUGGUGACCAAAACACAACUCUCGCCUAACGUCUACCGCUUCACUUUCCAACUCCCUGGCCCGCGAGAUGUUAUUGGCCUUCCAAUCGGACAACACGUUGCCAUAAAGGCAACCGUCAAUGAACAGUCCGUUUCACGGUCCUAUACGCCGACCUCGAACAACUUGGACCUUGGUGUCCUUGAGUUGGUGAUCAAGUGCUAUCCGGAUGGUCUUCUCACUGGUCAAUAUCUCGCAAACCUAAAUGUGGGCGACAAGGUUCUCUUCAGAGGACCGAAAGGCUCGAUGAAAUACCGGCGCGGUCUCUGUCGACGCAUUGGCAUGAUUGCUGGUGGAACUGGCAUUACUCCUAUGUUCCAGCUCAUUCGCGCUAUCUGCGAAGACGAACGUGAUACUACGGAGAUCAGUCUCAUCUAUGCCAAUCGUUCCGAAGAGGAUAUUCUCUUGCGAGAGGAGCUGGAAACUUUUGCACGCAAGUACAAAAAUUUGAAGAUCUGGUACAUGCUCGACCAGCCUUCUCAGGAUUGGGCUUACGGAAAGGGCUAUGUUACGCCUAAGGUCAUGAGCGAAAGACUGCCGAGUCCAGCUUUGGAUACCAAAAUCAUGCUCUGCGGGCCACCAGGGAUGAUUAACGCCUCGAAGAAGGCUUUGGUGAAUCUUGGAUUCGAAGCCCCUGGCGCGGUUACAAAGAUGACGGAUCAAAUCUUUACCUUCUGA